CUUCUUAAUGAUAAAGGGUUCCUUGGGGAUCAGCUGUUCACCAUGACAACAGAAGACGGGAGAGAGAGAGAGACUCGAGACUCAGAGGAGAGAGAGAGAGAGAGAGAGAGAGAGAAAGAGUGAAGAGAGGACGAGAGUCGGCACAGUCCACAACCACAACACGCUCUUUCUUUACGAUGUUGGAAUAGUGAUGGUUUCGACGUUUGAGGGACUUUAUUGUCCAUCAUGUCUGCCUAUGGGGUUCAAGGAAGAGUCCCUGGAAUCCGUCAGCAUGGCAGACACCACUUAUUGCAAAAAUUUCUGUACAGAGAGAUGUAUGGAGAAACUAGACAGACACGGUCACGCCCGAGAGAAAGGCUAUUUUAUCAGCUGCCACAUCGUUUAGCCUUUUCUUUAGCUCAGGUGGCUCCUCAGUCAGCUUUAGCUGCAGGACAUAUUUUCCUGGGGUUUACCAAGUGUGGUCAGUUUGUUUUGUCAUACACUCAUUCUUGUGAUACGGAUGACCAUACACUACAAAUAAUGCACAGGUACAGGUUGCAUUGGUGGGUAUUUGUACCUUAUGCACCUUUGCGAAAAGUUGCCGAAGUGAUGUUGUUUGGUGAUCAAGAUCUACAGGAAAGUUUAUGUGAAAAUGUAUUUAUUUCUGUUUGUCAGUGGCCAAAGGAUAUGUCAAAGAUUUUUGUUUACGGUUGCAGUACAUUGGAAGGUAGUGAUGGAAGUGGGUCUCAAACACGUCGAUGUUACAUUACUAUAACUGCUGUUCCAUCUUUAGACAAUUGCUCAGAAUGCUAUCAAGUUGCUACAUCUUAUGAGGAAGAAGAUCUAGCAGAACGUUGGAACAGUUGUGCUCGCUUCAGCUGCCUGCAACAUGGAAUUACAGUUCAUACCAGCUUUGAAAUGGUACCUCCUUUUCCCCGAUUCCUGCCAAAUGUCCAAAUGAAACGUGAAGGCUUUGUUGUACUUAAUGCUGGUAAUUUUAUCCAUGUUCUUAGUGUAGAACUUGAAAAUAAAGACAGAAAAAUGAAGGAAGUUGAGACUGAAAUUUUAGGCAUUAGACUUAAUCGUAUUGAUUCAGAGGAAAGAACUGAAGAAAGUGAUGAUGACAGGGAGCAGAAUAGGUCCAGGGUUGGAUCAGUAAAUGUGAGCAAGCAGGGUGGAAACAGUGUAGCUACUCCAGGUAAAGAAUAUGAUGGCGUAGACAGCUCAAGUAGUGAUGCUGAGGCUGAUGCUGAUGUACAAAGUGUAUGUGAAGAAGAAAUUGUCCCCCUUGCAAAGGAAGGAAGAAAUACAUGCUCAAAUAGUUUGAAAAUUACUUUAAAUAAUGGAUACAGUGUAAGUGGCAGUACAAUGAGUGAUAAAGACAGAGAGUGGGAGAUUCUUAUAGGAAAUGUGCCCUCACGGAAUAGCUCAACUAGGGUAAGGAAGGAUCUUUAUACUGAUAUAUCUGGCCCUUGUUCUAGUAGUUCAAAAGAUAAUACAGGUGAUUGCCCAAGUGUACCUAAUCAUUGUGAUAUAAACAAGUGUGUUAUUAAAAGCCCUGGAAGUGUUCAUGGACCAGAAGAUAGUGAUACCUUUAAUCGUAAUUACUCAUUCAAAGAGUUUCAGUUACCUGAUGAUUCACCUUAUCAUUUUUAUUCCGAUAAUUUUCAGUAUAAUGAUAAUGAUUCUGAUGAUUCAACUAGAUGUUCUCACUUUAGUGAAGAUUCACGACUUAGCCGCUCAGAUCUCAGGGAUUUUGUGAGCUUAGGGGAGAGAUGGAAAAAUGGACCUUGCUAUGGCUGUGCUAAUGUUGUUAAAGCAGAUGAAGGAAACUUCAAUCCUCCACAUUCCCAGCAGCAAAGUAGAAUGGUUCUUAGGAGUUCCAGUGAUAGCACUUGUGGUGAAAAAAGUAUAAAACAAGCUGAAAAGGAAUAUGAAUUCAUUGAUGAGAUAUCUGAGACCCGCCAUGAAAAACUCAGUGUUUUUCGUCGCAGAAGAUUAGCUGAUAAGAAAUAUGAAUUUUCUGAUGAAAAUUUAGAGAAUGUGCCACAGAAAUACAGCAGUUUUAGAAGCCAAACUCGAAGACUGAUUAUGAGUCCAUCAAGGUCACCUAAGUUCCGGUCAAUGACCGUACCACUCUCUGAACUUUCAAUUGAAUUAGGAGAGUCAUCAGGGCUUUUAAGGUCUGUUUAUGAAAAGUUGCUGAGUCCAACCUCUGGUAAUGGGUCACCAAGUGAAGUGCUUAGACCUAUCAACCAGAAUAUAAAUAGUCCCAUCCUCUCACCUCGAGAUGACAGAUGGCGAGAAGAAAUCGAUCGCAUGGAAAAGGUUGAAUUACAACGGUGGAGCUCAAGAGAAAGUCUCGGACUGUAUGCUGUUAGUCCUAGUUAUGCACAAAAAGCUACUGAAAGGUCUGCUGUUUUAGUAACAGAGAAAGCUAACAGUCUAUCUUCAACCAAUAUUUCUGAUACUGCUCAUUCACAAACUUUGAAUUGUGUUGUGGACUUUAACCGACGGUACAUCGAGGUCGAUGAUGAACUCGUCUCCAUCAUCACAGAUAUUGAGGAUGAUGAACUUGGAACAGCAACAGGUUAUCAUAAUGCUCUCCCCUUAGAAGUUCAUGGCUCAGGUUAUACACAAAUGCAUAUGAUUUCAAAUUCCAAAGCUGAAAAAUUGAUGGCCCCAGGAGUGCUUGUUAGGCAGAUCAGUUUUGACGUAGAACAAUUUUGUCAUGAAAUGGCCCAGAGGCUGUGUGCAGAAGUUGGGAAGAAGUACUUCUUCUGUAGUGAUUACAAUGUUGAAAUUGUUGAUGUGUGUCCAAGCAGUGGUAAUAUAGUGGCAUUAGCAUCAGUAUUAGUGCAAGCAGCAACUCUUGUCAAAGGUCUUAGCAAAACUGUACGCUCACCACUUAGUUCACUUAGUAGACACCAGUACAAGACUACAGCUACAUUUGUUUUUAAUAUGGAUUCCAAACAGUAUUAUCUUGUUGAUAAAGAACCGUUACUUGAAGAAGAUCCUUACAGUUUAGAAACCAUGGAUGGAGAUGUAGGAGAUGAUUGUUGGUGGCAAAGUGCGCGGCAGAAUGCUCGGCAGUUGCGUUCUCAGUGGGCAGUUCCAACAGAUUAUUAUUCAAGUGUCAAAGUGCUUACAAAUGAACCACUUCUUAAAGGAAAAUCAUUGAACCAUAUUAUGGAAGGCCAACACUUGGUAGCCUUGGUACUCGGACCACAACAGCUUGGGUCUUAGUUGCUGCCAGUGAGAAUCUCAGAAGCUUCACACUGGCUAGAGUGGAUUUUGUCUGCAUUUAUAUUUAUUAAAUUAUCCCAAGGAGUGAAGAUUUAUAUUUUUCAUUUUUUGGAGUUGUAGGAUUUAACAUACAUAGUGCAACUGUGGUGAACUUUAUCUCUUGUAUAACACAAUGAAGUUUUUUUUUUUUUAACUUUGGUAUUUGGAUUUUUUAUGGAGAAUUUUGUAGAUAUUCUCUGUUUGAGAAUAAUAUUUUUUUAUUUUCAAGUUUUUGCAAGAAAAUUUAUGUUGAAUACUCAAAAUUACUCAGGACAAAUAAAGCACUGUGUAAUGAA